GUGUGUGUGUGUAUAUUGACAGGUGAAAGAGGGAGGACUUUUGUGUUGCUUGGAAGGCAGUCUCGGAACACAACCCAGUACUCGUCCCUUGUCUCGUUUGCAACAUUUGUGGCAAUAUUGUGAGCAUCGUUUGGCAGUAAUAUGGGUGGACCUGCCCCAGAUCCUGUGUUUGUUUUACGGGGAGCAGAAUCACCAGUGACAGCUGUGACCUUUCUCAAUGUAGAUGCAACAGAGGGCCAAAGAGACAAGUACAUAGCAGCUGGAACACAAGAUGGCAAAAUUCUUCUUUGGAACCUUAAGACAAAAUGCAAGACGGCAGAAUGGAUAGCUCAUGCAGGUUCAUCCAUCCACUGGCUCCAUAGUGAAUCUCCUGACAUGCUGUGGUCUCUAGGGAGAUCUGAUAGUGUAAAGGCAUGGGACAUCCAUUCCUCUUCCCCUGAUGUUGUAUCAACAUAUCCUGUGGUGGAUUACCUUGGAUUCAGUUCUUCACACUUUAUACAAGUAGACAGUGACACAAGACUGCUGUCACUUCCUGGCCCAUCACAGGAGGGAGUGACUGUCUGGGAUAUUGGUAAAAACUUCAAAAUUGGUACUUUAGUACCUCCGGAUGUCAAGGCUUAUGGUAGCAUGAUGCAACCAAAAUGGAUCAAAGUUCAAGAUAUCACUGCUCUUGGUGUUUUGUAUGAGAGUGGAUAUAUUGUACUGUGGGACUGGGCUAAUUCAAAGAUCUUCAGUCAACACCAAGUGACUGAAAACCCAAUGUGCUUUACUUUUGAUGAAUCUUCUCAGACUGGCAUUAUUGGGACUGCAGCUGAAAAAAUAUUUGUAUUCAGUAUUCAGAACAAUUUGAACAUCUCCAUAGUGAAGGAGCUCUCUAUCACUAAUGCUGGUGUUUCCUCUUGUGUCAUACGUCCUGAUGGAAAGCUGUUUGUUACAGGAGGAUGGGAUUCACGCAUUCGUUUCUUUUCCAGUAAAAAAUGUAAGCCAUUAGCAGUGUUGAUGUACCACAAAAAGACGGUAGAAUGUAUUGCUUAUUCAAAAGGUAAUAUAGAAGAGUUAGGUGGAGGAUUUAUAUUAGCUGCUGGCUCCUCUGAUAAGAGUGUAUCCCUGUGGAACAUAUUCAACUAAGAUUCAUAAUGUAAUAUUGCACACCUAAUAAUAAAUUGUCUCAUUGAA